AUGACUUCGUCUACAAAGCGGUCCAUCCUUGUCACGGGGUGCUCGCAAGGGGGGGCAGGAAAUGCAUUAGCCUUGGAGUUCGUGUCUCGCGGCUUUCGCGUCUUUGCGACCGCCCGGUCACUGAAGUCCAUAACCAACCUGGAGGAGAAGGGUGUUGAGACCCUUACUCUAGAUGUCACGUCACGCGAAAGCAUUACCGCUUUGAAGGCCGAGAUCAGCAACCGCACUGGUGGCAAGCUUGACAUGCUGUUCAACAAUGCCGGUAUUAUGUACGAAGCUCCAGCUCUUGAGGCUGACCCCGUCCGCAUCCGACAAAUGUAUGACACGAACGUAUUCGGCCUUUUCGAUGUAGUGGCAGCCUUCACGCCUCUGCUAAUAGCCGCGGUGCCAAAUGCUGACCACACACCCACUAUUGUGAACGUCGCCUCCAUUCUCGCACGCAUACCAUUUCCGUUUGCAUCAGCGUACAAUGCUUCCAAGGCAGCCGUAUCUACUUACUCAGACACCUUACGACUAGAGCUCAGCCCGCUGGGUAUUCGAGUCGUCACCUUAUUCAUGGGAGAGGUAUCCACGGGGCUUAUGUCUGCGGACAGUAUCAAUUUCGGACCUGAUAGCUUAUACGCUGACAUUGAGGGAAAGGUCAAGGAGAGAUCUCUUGGACAUACUAAGACAUCUAUCCGCCCAUCACCCUUUGCCCAGCAGGUUGUAGAUAGCGUUUUGAAACAGAAAACUAGUUACGUUUGGAAGGGUACCAACGCCUUUGUAGUUUGGUUCCUUAACGCAUUUGACCCUAGGAAGGUGUUCGACUCAAUCAUGAAGAGCCCUGUGGGACUUGAUCAAAGGGAAAUUUGUAGGAACAUUUAUGAGCGAGGUCAGAAGCUAGUUAGUGGUCAAUGA